CGUAGUUUAAAAUUUCAUUAAGUGAGAAACUAAGUCACAUUUAACUUGGAAUUAUUCACGAAUCCACCAAUAGUUAUGAUGAGAGGAUUAAUAUCUCUAUUUUUACUAUGCAAUAUUGCAUUUAUCCAGGUGGAAUCAUACGUCAUCACAGUUGAUACUCUCCUUACAUCAGAUGAAGGUAGCCCUGUAAUUAUUGAACAGCAAGACUAUGAAGAAUACGACGACGAUUUUAAAUACGAAGGGGUUUAUGAGUACAAAGUUACUUUUGACAUUUCAAGUGAAGAUGAACAAGAUCUUCCGAUUGGGUACAUAUACAUUGAUGAAAAUUACAAUAUAGCAGCUGAUGGAGAAACAUCAUUAUGUAAUGCAAAUUUAGCAGAUCCUGAUGGAACUGUGGCAGCCAUUGUAGCACUGGUUUUGGGUAUUAAAAACGAUCCAGUUUGCCCACUGGAUGGGUCGCUACUGACUCAAAAAUCAGUAUUUUCUUUCGAAGGCGGCAAUUUUUCGAACUUACCAAAUAGCACGGAUGAAGAUGAUAUAAUGUCUGUAAAACUGGAAAUUUAUAGUUCAAAUUAUAUGACUAUGAAAUUGAGUAUAACAGAUGACCAAUAUUGGUUUGAAGACGAUGAUAUGGAUGAUCCGGAUGCAAGAUCAAAUGAAACCAGCGACGAUAACAGUGAAGGUGAAACCGGCGAUGAAAGCAGUGAAGAUUCUUCAAAUGGUCAAAGUGGAGAAAACGAAUCUAAUGACGAUCAAUAAUAAUUAUUUUUUCUGUAUAAAACAAUAUUAUAAUUGAACUGUCAGCAAUUAUAAUAAAAUUAUUAUAUUAAUCUAAUUAAA